AGUCUCAAUAAUACAGGACAUGUGCUUUCAACUUUUGUUCAACAGUUUCAACGUCACAAAAUCAGACCCAUAAAUAAAAUGUUUUUCCCAGUUUAUUGUUACUGGCCUGCAGAAAGCCUUGACUUCAACCCCGUCCUCCAUGACCCUGAAUACAGAUAAACAUGUAUUGACACUGGACAGAUGGAUAACACUUGGACUGCGUAUGCAGCACUAUACACCGUAUGAACAUUGUCAUCUGUUAUCAUCAAUGAUUAUCUCAUAGCUUGUGGUGCUUCUUGGGUCCAGUUACGGCUAUGGUUGACAUUUUGGGGGGAAAGUUCAAUGUCACAUUAUCUUUUUGAGAACAGCCACAAGUGUAUGGGCUAAGGAUUGAGGUAGUCCAAAGAUCAGAUGUGUUUAUAACAGAAUCUUACUGAUUACAUGCGCUCUCAUCCGUCUCUCUGUCUCUCUCUCUGUCCGACUGCAGAUUGUACUUCUCUCUCCAUUCAAAACCCGACUUCCUGACUCGUUUUCUUCUCUGCUGGUAACACUGCUGUUUUUGAAGAUGUCUAAAGAGGAGCACAUUGUUUGCGGCGUUGACGAGUAUUUCCAGGAACGAGGACCAACCGUCACAUUUAGCAACCUGCACUACUGUGUCAAAGAGACACAGUUCUGCUGCAAGAAAGGCCCUGAAAAAUACAUCCUCAACGAUGUAAGUGGCAUCAUGAGACCCGGGAUGAAUGCCAUCUUGGGCGCCACCGGAAGUGGUAAAACAUCACUCCUGGAUGUAAUCGCAGGAAGAAAAGACCCAGCUGGACUGAAGGAAGGAAAAGUGUUGGUGGACGGCAAAGCCGUCACGACUGACCUCAGGCUCAGCUCUGCCUACGUGGUCCAGGAUGAUAUCCUGAUGGGCACUCUGUCUGUGAGGGAGAACCUGCUGUUUAGUGCCAACCUGCGUCUCAACCCUCGGCAUCACACCUCUGCAGAUAAAAACAGCAGGGUAGAUACCAUCAUACAAGACCUGGGCCUAACAGACUGUGCAGGUACUAAGAUAGGGACAGAGUUUCUGCGUGGCGUAUCUGGAGGUGAAAGGAAGAGGUGCAGCAUCGGGAUGGAGCUCAUCACCUCUCCCUCUCUGCUGUUUCUGGAUGAACCGACCACCGGACUGGAUUCUAACACUGCAAACUGUAUCAUCAAUCUGCUGUGCAGGCUGUCCAGAAGAGGGAAGACGGUGAUCUUCUCCAUCCACCAGCCACGCUACUCCAUCUUCAGACAGUUUGACCAUCUGACUCUGAUGCAUAAAGGGGAGGUGGUGUACGCAGGAGCAGCAGACCAUUCACUGGAGUACUUCACAAACCUUGGCUACCAAAUUGAGUCCUUUGACAACCCGGCUGAUUUCUUCAUGGACAUCACAAAUGGAGAUGCAAAAUCAACAUUAGAAUCACUUACUGCAGAGUGUAAAAACCCACUGGCAGCCAAAUACCGCCAGUCCCAACUGUGCCAGAAUGUGCUGGAAGAGUUGAGCCAUGUGAACCAGAGCGUUGCUGAAGGGGCCAAAGGUCAAGACAAGGCAGCCGACUACGCUACCUCUUUCCUCUAUCAGAUGCGCGUGGUGUGUGGCAGGACAGUGCUGAACUCUCUGAGGAACCCUCAGACCUCUUACGCCCAGUUGGCUCUCAACAUCUUCUUUGCAAUUCUCGUGGGACUCAUUUAUUACCAAAUGCCCUUAACAAUGCCCGAGGCUUUACAGAACAGGAGUGGAGCGUUCUUCUUCCUUAUCAUCAACAUGGUGUUUGGGAAUCUCUCUGCUGUUGAACUCUUUAUCAAUGAAAGGGCGAUCUUCAUUCACGAGAACUCCAGCGGCUAUUAUCGUACUUCCGUCUACUUCCUGUCCAAGAUCUUUGCUGACCUCAUCCCCAACCGCAUCAUCCCCAUCUUUGUGUUUUCAGCCAUCGCCUACUAUAUGAUGGGAUUGAAGCCUGCCGUUGAGGCCUUCUUCUGUUUCGCUCUGACCAUGUCUCUGGUCAGUCUGGCAGGAGUCGGUCUGGCCUUCCUCGUCUCAGCGAGUGUAUCUUCAUUUGCCAUGGCUAACAUCCUCAUUGCUCUGCCCUUCGUCUUCAUGAUGGUGUUUGGUGGUUUUCUCGUCAACCUCAACGCCAUGCUGAGCUGGCUCUCCUGGCUGAAAUGGAUCAGUAUCUUCAAAUAUGGACUGGAUGCUACAUUCGUCAACGAGAUGUCAGGACAGUUUUUCAUCAGCAACAAAACCUUGAUACCAGGGGAGGUGUUUCUGGAAGCCCAAGGCAUCGACUACUCUGUGUGGGGCUUCUGGCAGAAUCAGGUGGCUCUGCUGGGAAUCAUAUUGGUCUGCAUGUUCCUGUCCUACGUACAGCUGCGACGAAUCAACCGCUGGAAAUGAUGCCCAUCUGUUUACGUAUCCAUCAACCAUGCACUGUCUUUAUCUUAUUUAUUUAACAGACCUCAAAAUGAAAAAAAGGGGGUAUAAAGAACAUAAAUCUGAGAAGUAAUUGUUUCAGAUGUGAAAUAAGCUUUCUAACGUGAUUAUUUAAAUAUUAAAAAUCACAAUAUUCAUUGAACAUUA